UUUGCGUCAGAUUGACUUGUAUACAAUCUAAAUAUAUACAUAUAUAUAAGAAAAUUUUUAUAAUGUCUGGCGUAGUAAAGUCUGAUUCACGGAUUAAGCCUGCGGUAGAGGUUAUUGAAAAAUGUGAUAAGUUACGCUCUAUAGUCGCUUCAUUAAGCCAGAACAUUAAGGCAUAUGAAGAAGAGAGUCAUUUUUACUUUCAAAACCUGCUGAAACUGAAAGAAAUUUGUCUUAAGUAUGGCUUACAGAAUAGACAUGUUGUGAAUAUACUAAAUAUAGUUCUUGCUACUCCUUAUCCAAAUCAUACUCCUGUUAUAAAGUUUUGUUAUAGCUGCAUGGUGUCCAAAAACUUUUUCAAGGAAACCAAAAAGAUGAAAUCGGCUUUUGUGCUUUUCAUUGUUAAGGAGGGUGUAGUUUCGAAGAAUAUUAAAAUUGCGGACUAGAGAAGAGAUGGAUGUAAAACGUAUACGUGGUGAAGAAAUUCUGUGUGUUUAUUGAUAAAACUUUAUAUUUUGAUGGAUGAUUUUUUCUUUAACGUGAUAGAUUUUUCUUGUUUGAAACUGAUGUUAAAGAUGUUAUAAUAAAUGUAUUUAUACUUCUA